GGGACAGCCGAGGGGUUGUGGAGCACCGCGACCUUUCGGAAGCCCAUCUCGGCCUUCGCGUCGCAUCGCAUCGCAUCGUGCCGGCGAGCAGUCGUUGACACCGCGCGGACGCCCAAAAUAAACCCGCAGCUGCUUUUGGGAUCGCGUCGCGUGCGCAUCGAGCGUGGGGUUCUGGCUCACCAAACCCUCGUUUCGGCAUCGAUCGGGCCGGGCAGCACAAGCGGAGGGCGGGAGGGAUGUCGGGAAUCGAGAUCAGCGUGCUGCUGGACAAGUCCAAGGAGCUGGACCAGCUCCGCAAGGAACAGGAGGAGGUCCACCAGGAGAUCAACAAGAUCCACAAGAAGCUACAAUCCACUCUGGAGGCAUCGGAUGCCAUAUUAAUCAAGCUCAGACAACUGUAUUGUCAGGCCAAAGAGUUGUCUGAAAAUGAAGUCAGUGCUUCAAAUGCAUUGAUGAGUCAGCUUGAUGCUUUACUACAAUCUGGACUUUCAGCUGCGCAAAGGAAAAAAAUCGAAGUAAGUGAGCAGAAAAAGAAGCGGAUGAAGUCCGAUUCAGAUAUUGCAAGAUUUCCUCCUACUGCAUCUAUGAGAAGCCAACUUGAGCAUGCUGCUAACCUGAAGGGUGAACAGGUGGCAGCUAGGGUCUCAUCUGAUGAUGCUGAAAAAGAUGAGUGGUUUAUUGUGAAAGUUAUAAAUUUUGACAAGGAUACAAAGGAAUUUGAAGUUUUUGAUGAGGAACCUGGUGACGAUGAAGAAAGUGCACAAAGGAAGUACAAGCUGCCUAUGUCACACAUUAUUCCUUUUCCAAAGAAAAAUGAUCCUUCUAGUGCACCAGAUUUCCCACCAGGCAGACAUGUCUUGGCGGUCUAUCCUGGAACUACAGCUUUGUACAAGGCAACUGUGGUCAAUUCUCACCGCAAGAGAAAAUCUGAUGAUUACCUUCUCGAGUUCGAUGAUGACGAAGAAGAUGGGUCCUUACCACAAAGAAACGUACACUUCUACAAAGUUGUUCCACUUCCAGAUGGACAUCGGCAAUGAAACUAGAUUGAGCAGUUAUUUCUUAGUCUAUAAACCUAGUACUAAGACACAACCUUCCUUCUGAGGCUCUUGGUAGUGCAGUUGUGAUGGUAGUGUAACAUAGUAUAUAUAUGCUUGAUCUUGAUGCUUAUCAAAUACAUUCACAUGUAUAUCAUAAUUGUUAUUACGGCCUUUUACGAUCAUCAAGAUGGACUGUGCUAAAUUGUUGUAGAAUGGUGUAAUUUGUUUAUGACAGUGAGAAAUUUGUGAAUA